AUGUCGAAGCCAAGGUUCGACGGCAAGGUGGUGAUCGUGACGGGCGGAGCGAGCGGCAUCGGCGAGGCGAUGGCGCGGCUGUUCGCGGCGAGCGGCGCCACGGUGGUGAUCGCGGACAUCCAGGACGCGCUCGGCGAGGCGCUGGCGGCCUCCAUCGGCGCGCCAUGCACGUACGCGCGCUGCGACGUGACGGACGAGGCCCAGGUGGAGGCCACGGUGGGCGCGGCCGUGGCCGCGCACGGCCGCCUGGACGUCAUGCUCAGCAACGCCGGCAUUCUGCUCCUCACGGGCUCCGUCACCGACAUGGACCUGUCGGCGCUGGACCGCGUCAUGGCCGUCAACUUCCGCGGCGCGGCGGCGUGCGUCAAGCACGCGGCGCGCGCCAUGGUGGCCGCGGGGACGCGCGGCGCCAUCGUGUGCACGGGGAGCGUGGCGUGCGUGCAGGGCGGGUACGGCCCCGCGUCGUACACGGCGUCCAAGCACGCGCUGCUGGGCCUGGUGCGCUCCGCGGCCGGGGAGCUGGGUCGGCACGGCGUGCGCGUCAACCUCGUGUCCCCCGGCGGCGUGGCCACGCCGCUCAGCCUCACGCUGGCCGGGGUGGGCGCCGAGGAGAUGGAGGCAAUGACGGAGGCCGGGAGCAUGCUGCGCGGGAAGGUGCUGCGCGCCGCCGACGUGGCGGAGGCGGCGCUGUUCCUCGCGUCCGACCAGGCCGGGUACGUCAGCGGGCACAACUUCGUCGUCGACGGCGCCGCCACCGUCGCCAUCCCCUCCGUGCUGGAGUCCAUCGGGCUGUGA